CCGGAAGUGCAACCCGCGCGGGCGCGCCGGUGCGGGGCCUGCCGGCCGGCCCUCUCCUGUCGAGAUGCCGGGAGCGGCGGCCAAGGGCUCGGAGUUGUCCGAGAGGAUCGAGAGUUUUGUGGAGGCCCUGAAGAGGGGCGGCGGGCGCCGCAGCUCCGAGGACAUGGCUCGGGAGACCUUGGGGCUGCUGUGCGGCAUCAUCAGGGACCACCGAUGGAUCAACGCGGCGGAGCUGAUGGAGCUGAUUCGCCGAGAGGGCCGGAGGAUGGCGGCCGCGCAGCCCUCGGAGACCACGGUGGGCAACAUGGUGCGGAGAGUGCUCAGGAUCAUCCGGGAGGAGUACGGCAGGCUCCACGGACGCAGCGACGAGAGCGAUCAGCAGGAGUCUCUGCACAAACUCUUAACUUCUGGAGACCCGAGGGAUGAUUUCAGCAUCCAUUAUGCCCAACUGCAGUCCAACAUCAUUGAGGCAAUCAAUGAGCUGCUUGUGGAACUGGAAGGGACAACGGAGAACAUUGCAGCCCAGGCUCUGGAGCACAUCCACUCCAAUGAGGUGAUCAUGACCAUUGGCUUCUCCCGAACAGUAGAGGCCUUCCUCAAAGAGGCUGCCCGGAAGAGGAAAUUCCAUGUCAUUGUGGCAGAGUGUGCACCUUUCUGCCAGGGUCAUGAAAUGGCAGUCAAUUUGUCCAAAGCAGACAUUGAGACAACUGUCAUGACAGAUGCUGCCAUUUUUGCUGUUAUGUCAAGAGUCAACAAGGUGAUCAUCGGCACAAAGACCAUUCUGGCCAACGGCGCCCUGAGAGCUGUGACAGGAACUCACACUCUAGCCCUGGCAGCAAAGCACCAUUCCACUCCGCUCAUCGUCUGUGCUCCUAUGUUCAAGCUUUCCCCCCAGUUCCCCAAUGAAGAGGAUUCAUUUCACAAGUUUGUGGCUCCUGAAGAUGUCCUGCCUUUCACAGAAGGGGACAUUCUGGAAAAGGUCAGCGUCCAUUGCCCUGUGUUUGACUAUGUUCCCCCGGAGCUCAUUACCCUGUUCAUCUCCAACAUUGGUGGGAACGCGCCUUCCUACAUCUACCGCCUGAUGAGUGAGCUCUACCAUCCUGAUGACCAUGUCCUCUGACCUCCUUGUCCUGAGCAGAUGCUGUUUCUGCAGAUGCAGCAUGGAAAGACUUCACUACUACAGCUGAGACGCGUCCUUGUAAUGGGGAGUGAACUGGAGUUAAAAAAAACUUGGUACCGUUCCUUGCCUUUUUAGUCAUCCCAUGACAAGGGUGCAUAUCCAGGUCUGUUUCCUGUCUUUCAGGUCUUCACAGAGCAGCAGGGCUUGACCUAUUGAUUUGAAAACCACAUAAUGACCUGGGGCAUCUGCUUCAGAAACUUAAACUUUAUGCUUCAGUGGUGUGUUAAACAUAACACUGAAUACCUUGCUGGAAUACAGGUUUUUGCUCCGAAAUGGCCACCGCACUUUUUCCUAGGCUGUGCCAAUAAAAGCUGCUCGAAGGUUC